GCGGCGCGCCCAAUCCGGCGCGCUUCCGCCGCGCGCUCGUUAUAAGGCGCGGCGGCGUCGGCCGAGCGCGGCGUAGCGCGGUGCCGGGGGGACGCGGGUUCGAGACCGGCCGCCGGCGGCUCCGGUCGCUUCCGCGGCGACACCUCGGUGCGGCCGCGCUCGGCGAGGAGGAGGAGGAGGAGGAGGGAGAGGGGGCGUCCGCGCCGCCGCCGCCCCCGCCGGCGCCUGGAUGUGCACGAAAAUGGAGCAGCCCUUCUACCGCGACGAGCCCUUCCUGGGCGGCUACUGCCGGCCCGAGCUGGACUACAAGGCGCUGAAGGGCGCGCUGCCGCCGGAGCCCUACCGGGGGCUGAAGCCGGCGCUGCGCCCCGACGGCGGCUUCUUCCCGGCGGAGCUGGGCGGAGGAGGAGGAGGCGGCGGCGGCUUCUUCUUCGCGCCGCGCGGGCCCCCCACGGAGGAGCAGGAGGGCUUCGCCGACGGCUUCGUGAAGGCGCUCGACGACCUGCACCAGCUGGGGCAGCUGCCGCCGCCCAACGUCUCGCUGCCGGAGCCGCCGCCUCCGCCGCCCGCGUACGCGGCGCUGGGCGCCUACGCGGCCGCCGCCAGCCCGCCGCCUCCCCCCCCGCCUCCUCCUCCGCCGCCGCCCGGCGCCUUCCCCACGGCCACGCUGAGCUACCUGCCGGCCGCCAAGGAGGAGCCGCAGACGGUGCCGGACGGGGCGGCGGCGGCGGCGGCGCAGGAGCGGCUCAAGGCGGAGCGCAAGCGGCUGCGCAACCGCCUGGCGGCCACCAAGUGCCGGCGGCGCAAGCUGGAGCGCAUCGCCCGCCUGGAGGAGCGCGUGCGCGCGCUGCGCGGAGACAACGCCGCCCUGGCGGCCGCCGCCGCCGCCCUGCGCGCCCAGGUGGCCCGGCUGCGCGCCGCCGUGCGUCGCCACCUGGGCUCCGGCUGCCAGCUGCUGCUCGCCAAGGGCGGCGGCGCCUUCUAGCGGGGGGAGGCCGAGACCCCACCCGCCCCCCCCCCAACCGCCGGGCGCCCCCCGGUGUGGGCUGGGAGAAACGGGGACCCCCCCGGCAUGGACUAGAGGACAUGGGGACCCCCCCCGGCGUGGGCUGGGAGAAACGGGGACCCCCCCCAGAUACCGGCAGGACCGGGGACCCCCCCCUGCGUGGGCUGGAAGGACCGGGGGACCCCCCCGGCAUGGACUAGAGGACAUGGGGACCCCCCCCGAUGUGGACUGGAAGGAAUGGGGGGAGCCCCCCAAUACCGGCAGGACCGGGGACCCCCCCGGCAUGGACUAGAGGACAUGGGGACCCCCCCCGGCGUGGACUUGAAGGAACGGGGGGAGCCCCCCAAUACCGGCAGGACCAGGGGACCCCCCCGGCAUGGACUAGAGGACAUGGGGACCCCCCCCUGAUGUGGACUGGAAGGAAUGGGGGGACCCCCUGAUACCGGUAGGACUGCGGACCCCCCCCGAUGUGGACUAGGAGAAACGGGGGGACCCCCCCCGAUGUGGACUGGGAGAAAUGGGGGGACCCCCCCUGAUACCGGCAGGACCGGGGACCCCCCCCCGGCGUGGGCUGGGAGAAAUGGGGGACCCCCCCCAGAUACCGGCAGGACCAGGGACCCCCCCGGCGUGGACUAGAGGACAUGGCGACCCCCCCUGACGUGGACUGGAAGAAAUGGGGGGACCCCCCCAAUACCGGCAGGACAUGGGGACCCCCCCGAUGUGGGCUGGAAGAAAUGGGGACCCCCCAAAUACUGGCAGGACCAGGGGACCCCCCCGGCAUGGACUGCAAGAAGUGAGGACCCCCCCGGCACGGACCAGAGGAUGUGAGGACCCCCCCGGGCACCCCCAAUACCUGGUAGGACCAGGGGACCCCCCCGAGGGACUGGCUGCAGCGGGGACCCCCCCGGCAUGGACUAGAGGACCAGGGCCCCCCCCCCCCCGACAUGGACUGGAAGAAAUGGGGACCCCCCCGAUACCGGCAGGACCAGGGGACCCCCCCGGCAUGGACUAGAGGAUGUGGGGACCCCCCCGGGCACCCCCAAUACGGGUAGGACCAGGGGACCCCCCCCGGCACGGACCAGAGGACCUGGGGACCCCCCCGGAUGUGGACUGGAAGAAGCAGAGGACCCCCCCGAAACACCGGCAGGACCAGGGGCCCCCCGGCACCCCUCGAGUUGGACCAGGAGGACCUGGGGCCCCCCCCCGACAUGGGCUGGAAGAAGCAGGGCCCCCCUGGGGCACCCCCACCCCCGGCGGGACCGGGGCCCCCCCUGCCAUGGACUGGUAGGAGCGGGGGGGCCCCAAACGGCCCCCCGCCGGCACCUGCAGAACCAGGGACCCCCCCGGGGCCCGCAGGAACGGGACCCCCCCCCGCCCCCAAACCGGGAGCCCCCAGCUGGGCCUGGGGACCCCCCCGGACCGGCGCCCCCCCCCUCCCCCGGAACCGGGUACAGAAACUGCCCCCCCCCCCCGGGCGGGGAAAAGCCCCCAAAAGCCCCGGGGGGUUCCCCGAACCUCCCCCCCCCCGGUACCAGCUGCUCCC